CCGUUGAGUUAUUAACGGAACGAGAAACGGCAAAGAAACCCUCCCCGGAAAAUCCGGUUGCAGUUCGGGACCCCCUGGUGGAAAAUUGGUGUGCCAACCGUUAGAAAAAGGACCCCGCCAGCGAGAGAGGUGCAGGUGGACCACCCCGACGAGGGGCGCAGCCAGCAAGCCAGCGCUAGUCUUUGCGCACUUGCUCUGCCCUGGUGCAGAGUGGAUUUUGGAUUUGGUUGUGAAAAUCGUGUCGUGUCGAAUAGUGGAAAAUUUUAUAAAGAAAUUCCCGAGAUAUUCCGUGUACCGUGUGUCCCGGGGUCACAACCACUGCGUGCGCCCUGAAAAAUCGCAGCACGUCACAGCUCUCUGCUCGAGUAACUGGCUCCUGCUUUCCGCGUGUUGGAGGUAAAAGCAUUAUGUUCCCUUUCUCCUCGCUGCAAGUCGAGUACAGCAACUUCCACCGUUCAUCGCAAAUCAUGUCGAACGCCCUGAGCAUGAGCAACUCCGGCUUUCCGCACUCGUGGAUCGUGUCCGGGCAGGACUUUUGCCCGAUCACCUACAGCUCCAUCCAGAGCCACAACUCGGCCGUCUCGAGCAACCUAGCGACGGUGGAACCAGGGCUGAUCGAGCUGCGGAAGGAAAAGUCCCGGGAUGCGGCCCGGUCGCGGCGCGGCAAGGAGAACUACGAGUUCUACGAGCUGGCGAAGAUGCUGCCCCUGCCGGCCGCCAUCACCAGCCAGCUCGACAAGGCAUCGAUCAUCCGGCUGACGAUCAGCUACCUGAAGCUGAAGGAGUUCAGCGAGACCGGGAUGCCGUCGUGGUGCAAGGAGCCGCUCGGUUUCCAAACGCCCUACAACGCCCCACCGCAGUACUUCAACGAGAUGUUCGAGACGCACCUCGGUACCCACAUCCUGCAGUCGCUCGAUGGGUUCGCCAUCUCGACCGGUGUCGACGGCCGCUUCCUCUACAUCUCCGAGACCGUCUCGAUCUAUCUCGGGCUGUCGCAGGUCGAGAUGACCGGUAGCAGCAUCUUCGACUACGUGCACAAGCAUGACCACGCCGAGGUCGAGCAGCAGCUCGGUAUCCGCAAAACGUCCGACUACUCGGCGUACGGUGGGUACGGCGAUGAGCCACCGGAAAAACCGGUGGCACCGUCCGUGGUGGCGGCGGCAUCCACCGUCCUCAAGCUGGACAACAAACAGGACAGCAAUGGCGGUGGCGGUGGUGGCCUCAAGCCACUGCUCCCCGGCGAAACGUUCGAGGGCGAUGACCGGGCGUUCUGUAUUCGCAUGAAGUCGACGCUGACCAAGCGCGGUUGUCACUUCAAAUCGUCCGGCUAUCGCGUCAUCCUGCUGCUGUGUCACCUGCGGAAGCGCAACAACUCGGCGGCCAACGAUGAUCAGCAGCAGCAGCAACAUCAACAGCAUCAUCAGCACCAUCAGCACAACAGCAGCGGCAACGACAAGCAGACGGUGAUUGGGAUGGUUGGGAUCGGGAUAGCGCUGCCACCGCCCUCGCUGCACGAGAUCAAGCUCGAGUCGGACAUGUUCGUGUUCCGGACCAGCCUCGAUCUCACCAUCAUCCACUGCGAGAACAGGAUUUCCAGUUUUCUGGACUACAGCGCGGACGAGCUGAACGGGAAGAGCGUCUACAGUCUGUGCCAUGGCCAGGACGCACACAAGCUAAAGCGCAGCCACAGCGAGCUGAUACAGAAGGGUCAGGUGCUGACACCGUUCUAUCGCAUCCUGAACAAGAGCUCCGGCUACUUCUGGAUCCAAUCGUGCUGCACGAUGGUGUGCCAGACGAAGAACAUGAGCGACCAGACGGUGAUCUGCGUCAACUACAUCAUCACCAAGCCGGAGAAGGAGAAUCUGAUCCUCGAUGUCUCCCAGAUACCGGCACCGGCCGGUGGUAAUGGUGGUGGUGGUGGUGGCGGUGGUGGCGAGUACCAUCACCAUCACCAAGGUGGUGCCAAGCUGCCCUCGCUCGGUCAGAAGAAACCGUCCGCUGCGGCGGCUGCAGCAGCUGCAGCGGCGGCCGCCGCUGCCGCCGCCGCCGUCGUCGGUGACUAUGAGCUGCAGGAUGGUAAGGGGUUGUCCGGAGAGCUGGCGGCCGUUUCGGUUCAUCCAGGCGGUGGUGGAAUGGCCGGUGACGGGACGUCCUACCUACCGGACGGAACCCCAGACCAGCACAAGGAGCUGCUGGAGAAAGUGAAGGGUGGCGGCACCACGUACGGUGGCGGUGGACACCACGGCCGGUUGGCCGGUCUCGGGCUCGGACUGUUCGGUCAGGACAAGGGCAAGGAUCUGCAGCACGAGCACGGUGAGCACUACAAGGAGAAGGGCCACGGUCUAGGGCUUGGUGAGCGCGAAAAGGGUUGUAAUAGCAACAGCAAGCACCAGCGACUGAAGAGUGGCAGCCCGGGGUCGGCUAUGCUCGGACCGCUGCCCACCGAGAGCAAUGGCGGUGGAGGGGGCGGAGAUAAAAAGUCCUCUGGUGGGUCAUCCGGGGGUGGCGGCGGUAAGAAGAGUGUCAAUAACCGUGCCAGCGUGAUCCGAGUGUUGGCCAAAUCCUCCAAGAAGGUGCUCCAGGAGUCGCACUAGCAGCGUCCUUCCUUUCUCCCUCUUCCGGGCUAGGGGCAAACGGAACCCUGGACAGGCCCCCCGUCGCACCCGUCGAUCCCCGCCCAUCGGUCGAUGGUAUUUAGGUUUAAGUUAACUUUAACGUUUCGCUGCAAUAAAAAGAUAAA